AUGAAAGAAAUCUGCAAAGACAAAAUCACAGUGUUUUCAGGGAUGUAUUCACUAAUCUUCCAUUAUUCAGAAGAUCUGUGCAGUCUCCGGCUUCCUAAUAUCUUCUCUGAUGAAGUCCCUGAUCUUGAAGAAUCUGAGCCAAAGAAAAUUAUAAAAAAAGUUUACAAGCGAAAAAAGGCAUAUAAAAAGAGGAUCACAGCUUGCCCACAUACGAACAAGCGGCAUUACGCCAGGAAUAUGUGCAAUAAUUGCUAUCAUAGAAGCGGGAGACAAAAAAAGGCUUGGACCUGCCCGCACCAAGAUCGUCAAUUAUACGCUAACUUAGCCCUCCUUUAAAAAACAAAAAAUUAAUAUAAAAUAUAAAACAUGGUUAUAUAUUAAAAAUCUUUACCGAAUUUAAUCAGAAUACAUAGAAGGCAUAAAUUUUAUAGAUUAAAGUAUACUUUUCCUUACUAAUUGUCAUUUUUUGAAAAUUUAUAUUCUUUAACAAACAAAAAUUUCUCAGUUUUAGAGGGGAAGUAAAGGGAUGUGCCAAUUUUGCUAUUUGCAGAGCUAUCACAAGUCUAAGUCUCUCAAAAUAGUUAUUAAAUCAGAUUAUUUUUAAUUAAAAUAUAUUAAUUGGAGUGGACAUUUGGGGUUUAUUUAGCCUCUCUUGCUAAUCUGGGCCCUAAAUGACCCUAGGCCCUUUUUAUGUCGAUACAACAAAAAAUAGUAGUCGUCUCCCAUGUAGUGGAAAACUCACUUGGGCCAGAUUCUAUGGUAAAGGACUCUCUUCACCCCUGGUUUGAAUAAAGGAUGGAACAAUAUCUAAUUCUGAACUGCUUUGCCUUUUGCAAGAAGUAUCCUGUUCAUCCGAAGUGAAAAUUGCUGCUGCGCUGUUGGUCUUUUAUCUCUAAUGAUAGAAAAGCGAGCCAGGAGUAAAUUCACCUUAUGACUUUCAUGCUACAGUAUUAAGGGAUGAGAAUAUUUCAUCAUUUUAAUAAAAGCUAUUAAAGCAGAAGCAUUGGAAAUAUAA